AUGAUGAUGAUGGCGCUGAGCAAGACCUUCGGGCAGAAGCCCGUCAAGUUCCAGCUCGAGGACGACGGCGAGUUCUACAUGAUCGGCUCCGAGGUGGGAAACUACCUCCGUAUGUUCCGAGGUUCUCUGUACAAGAGAUACCCCUCGCUCUGGAGGCGACUAGCCACUGUGGAAGAGAGGAAGAAAAUAGUUGCAUCGUCACAUGGUAAAAAAACAAAACCUAACACUAAGGAUCAUGGGUACACGACCCUGGCCACCAGCGUGACUCUGUUGAAAGCCUCAGAGGUGGAAGAGAUUCUGGACGGCAAUGACGAGAAGUACAAGGCCGUGUCCAUCAGCACGGAGCCCCCCACCUACCUCAGGGAACAGAAAGCAAAGAGGAACAGUCAGUGGGUGCCCACCCUGCCCAACAGCUCCCACCACCUGGAUGCUGUCCCGUGCUCCACGACCAUCAACAGGAACCGCAUGGGCCGAGACAAGAAGAGGACCUUCCCUCUCUGCUUUGAUGACCACGACCCAGCAGUAAUCCACGAGAAUGCGUCCCAGCCCGAGGUGCUGGUCCCCAUCCGGCUGGACAUGGAGAUUGACGGGCAGAAGCUCAGGGAUGCCUUUACCUGGAACAUGAAUGAGAAGCUGAUGACUCCGGAGAUGUUCUCCGAAAUCCUCUGUGAUGAUCUAGAUUUGAAUCCAUUGACGUUUGUGCCAGCUAUCGCCUCUGCCAUCAGACAGCAGAUUGAGUCCUAUCCCACAGACAGCAUCCUGGAGGACCAGUCAGACCAGCGUGUUAUCAUCAAGCUGAACAUACAUGUGGGGAACAUCUCCCUGGUGGACCAGUUUGAGUGGGACAUGUCCGAGAAGGAGAACUCGCCCGAGAAGUUCGCCCUGAAGCUGUGCUCAGAACUGGGCCUGGGCGGGGAGUUUGUCACCACCAUCGCCUACAGCAUUCGAGGACAGCUGAGCUGGCAUCAGAAGACCUACGCCUUCAGUGAGAACCCCCUGCCCACGGUGGAGAUUGCUAUCCGGAACACGGGGGACGCUGACCAGUGGUGCCCGCUGCUGGAGACCCUGACGGAUGCCGAGAUGGAAAAGAAGAUCCGUGACCAGGACAGGAACACGAGGCGAAUGAGGCGUCUCGCCAACACUGCCCCAGCCUGGUAA